AUGGAACAAAAUGCGUCGGAGAAUAUUACGAACAAGGAAGAGUACGAUAUAUAUGAUUCUAUGUACUACGAGGAUAUAGACUCCCUAAAACAAUCAUGGACAGUCAAAGAUGGUCAUUUUUUGCCGACAAUCCUUGUGUACGGUCUAACAUUUGUGAUAGGUCUUACAGGAAAUAUACUGGUAAUAUAUGCUGUCGUUUGCAGUCGGAAAAUGAGGUCUAUAACAGCGUCUUUCAUGAUAAGUCUAGCAACUGCAGACAUUCUGUUCCUUGUGGUGUGCGUGCCAUAUAAUACUGUGGAAUUCGUGAAGAUUGAGUGGCAGUUGGGACCAGGCUUGUGCAAGUUGUCGGUCUUUACGGAGCUGUUAUCGGCCUUUAGCUCCAUCCUUAACUUGUCUGCCGUCAGCGUGGAAAGGUGA